UCCUCACGCUCCAGCGUCAACGUAAAUCAAUGAGAAGAACUGAAAACGAAACCGGUAUGAAACUUAAACCGGGAUUCUGAAUAAGUAUAAAUGCUAAUGAAAUUCCGUUUUGAUAUUAUUGAAGAUACACGUGUGCAGGUUUUGACCGAAUGUAAACGGUUGAAAAAUCAGAGGCUGGGCAGAAGGCUUCAACGAGACCAACUGAAAACGAAACUGAUGCAACUGUUUAGAUUUCUAACAAGCUGUAGACAAGUGUUGGAUGGCGGACUGGGCCUGAAAGUCAAUCAGACAACAUGAUUAAACGUACCUGCUUAGUGGAGAUCGAGGACGCCUGUGGUGUCUACGCCUUAUCGGACCCAGGGUUGUUCCUGGUGAGCGGAGGGUGCCGCGAGCCUCUGCCUCCUCAAAUCAAAAAGCGCUCCAGAGCCAGCGCCACCUUCACCAGCACCAUGCUGACGGCCUGUGGCUCGGUGGGCGUCUUCACUUACGACCUGGUCCACGAUCCGCACAAAGACUACAACGCCGUGCUGGCCGUCAUGUUCUCGGUGCCCUUUGACUACAACCUCUACAGCAACUGGUGCGGCGCGGGCAUCUUGAACCGCGGCACUGGCUGCGACAACGACCUCUUCGACCUCAUGUACUACGGCUCGGAGAUGGGCUUCGUCCGGGUCAAAGGGGGCGCCGCUGCCCGAACGUUCAAGGGAGAGAUCGUGGAGGUGGCCGUCAACAUCACGGACUCGAGCACGGCGGUUCUGACUGUGGAGGUCAAGGAGCUGGGGAGGUUCUAGGACCGGGGAGAUGGAGGGGGUGGCUCUCCGUCUACCCCUGUCAUUACGACCGGAUCAUUUAUCAAUAAUCAAUAAUCAAUUGAUCAAUCAUCAUGAAUGUGGAUACAAAAAUUGUACUAAAGUUCACUAAAGCCACGAUAAUUAAGUUGGAUGUGUCAUUCUUCCACUCUCACCUUUAUCCUACUC